CGCCCACACAUCCUAUCCUAUGAUAAAACCAAACCAAACCAAAUCUUAACCUAACCCAUCAGAUCUAUGGACAAGCGAGCAGCGUCGGCAAGAAAGAGAAGUAAAACAAUGUCAGAAUCUGCAAAAUAUUUGUAUCUACCGGAUGAUUGUUGGAAACAUAUCUUCAAAUUUCUCAACGACGGAGACAACGAUUACCUGAAGUCUAUCUCCGCCGUCUCUAAGGAGUUCUUCUCCAUCACCAACCGUCUCCGAUCAUCUCUCACCAUACAUGAUCCAACAGCCCCUUUCCUCUCCCGCAUCUUGCAUAGGUUCACAAACCUUACUUCCCUCGAUUUCACUCACUUCCACGGUGACCUCGACGCACUUCUCUGCCAAAUCCCACCAUUGAACAACCUCACAUCACUCAAUCUCUCCCACAAAAAAACCAUUCCUUCAGAUGGGUUGCGAUAUUUCUCCAAAAAGAUUACAACUUUGACCUCUCUCACUUGUUCCAACUUAUUCUCUUUCACCAGCACUCACUUGUUCCUCAUCGCGGAUUGUUUCCCUUUACUACAAGAACUUAACCUCGGUCAUGUUAUAUUCACCGAUGACAAAAACGACACUAACUUCCUCGAUGGGAUUGAGGCUCUUUCCUUGUCACUUUCCCAACUCCGCAAGCUUAAUCUCUCUAGUCACUCCUAUGUUACCGACAAAUCUAUUUUUCACUUGUUCAAGAAUUGCAAGUUUCUUGAAGAGGUCAUUAUAACUGAAUGUUUUCAACUUACCGCAGCCGGCGUUGCUUCCGCUCUCAUCGAGAAAAAACAAACAAUGUUGAAGACUUUAUGUCUUCCGGGUUACAUUAUUACUCCCCAAGUCAUUGACUCCUUGGUGAGUUUGAAGCGUUUAACUUGCAUUGAUUUGUCGUUUAGCCGGUUUAGGCGUAUCUCGGAUGAUCAGCUCUCCUAUAUUGGAAAUGCUGGUCUUCCUUUGAGGAGGAUUGACCUCUCUCGUUGCACCGGCUAUAGUUAUGCCGGAUUAUUUAGUUUGUUAUCCAAGUAUCAAUCUAUCCAACAUUUGGAUUUUGAACACUCAACAGUGUUGAAUGAUCGCCGUGUUGUCAAGUUGUCUUCAUUUCUUCUUGGCUUGGUGUCAAUAAACCUUAGUUAUUGUACAAAGGUCACAUAUUCAACCUUGUUUGCACUCGUUAAGAAAUGUCCUUCCCUUAGUGAGAUCAAAAUGCAACAUAUCAAGCAUAAGAGGGUAAAGAAUUAUGAUCUUUUGACGGAUUUCGGCGUAUACCCUCAAUUAAAGUCUCUCGAUUUGUCUCUCAAUCUAUGGUUAAGGGACAAAGGCAUCAUAUUGUUUGCUUCUGUUUUCCCCAAUUUGCAGCUGCUUGAUUUGAGUUCUUGCGAAAAGUUAUCUGACGAAGGUAUUCUUCAAGUAUUAAGGAGAUGCAGUACGAUUAGUCAUUUGAAUGUAUGGGGUUGUUCAAUUGAGAAUAUACCUGGACUGAACUUUGAAGUUCCCAAGCUGAAGAUGUUGAACUUGUCAUUCACAGACGUUGAGGAUGAAGCACUCUUUGCGAUUUCAAAGAGUUGUCGUGGGCUUUUGCAAUUGUUACUAAGUGAUUGUUACAAAUGCACAGAGAUGGGAGUGAAAUAUGUACUAGAAAACUGUACACAACUGAAAGAAAUCGAUUUGAGUCGUUGUAGUAAUGUGCAUACCAAUGUCGUUGCCUCAAUGCUAUCUUUAAGGCCAUCAUUAAGAAAGAUAACAGCUCCUCCUGAUUUUUGUAUCAGUGAAAGCGAGAAGAAUCUCUUCUUGCUUCAAGGAUGCAUUUUGUUUACUGAAAAUUGAACUCUGAAAUCUGGUUGGGUCUAUAUAUGUAUGGAACAACAUAUAUAUACAUAUUGUUUUGGACUUGAGGUUUAAUAGGUAUGAUCUAUUCUAAUUGUGAUGAUUUUAAUUAUCAAAACUGAUUUAUGUGUCACUUUCUGAAGUAAUUAAUCUAUUUGCAUGACCAAAAUUUAAAAUGGAAUUUCCAUCAUUGUUGACACGGGAAGUGCUUAUGUUUAAUUUGGAUGGACAUGGUGCUGAGAUUUGCUUACAUUGGAAAUGAAAGUUUGCUGCUUCCUCUGACUUAGCCAGAAAUCUUUAGUAAAAUAAGCCUAUUUGCAUGAGCAAGUGAGUUAUUUAUGCUAGAAAGAUUUGGAGUAGCUAGCGGAAAAUCUUGCAUGACAAAAUAGGCCAUCAAUGAUUUCAUAUUUUGAUGAUUUAUAUAUAUAUUUAUAAUGUUCAGAUUGAAUCCAAGCUUCUCUUAGGUUCCAAUGCAAUUUAAUUUCAUUCACAAGCCUCUUAAUUGGAUUGUUCCAAUGCAUAGUAUUAGUUUCUUUUUAAGUAAAAAAAAAAAAGUAUUAGUUUCUUUCACUAUAAGUCUCUUGGGGUGGGAAUUGCGUUGCAGUAGCACUCCUGUUUUUGUUUCACAACAAAAUUUUCCUUUUGUCAUAUGACAUUUUCUUUAACCAAUAAGUAUAGUACUUAUUUAUACCUUUUUUCAACAGCAACAACAAGAGAGGUGAACCAGUAGAUAUUGAUCAA